AUGAUAAAAUUUUAUUAUGGAUCCAACGAAGAUUCUUCAGUAGAUUUGUAUUCUACGUUUCGUCAUGUUAGUGGCAUCUGGAAAGCUGUAACAAACAAAGACUUACGAAUAAGUGUGGCUGAUCGAAUUCUAAAAUCUGAAAAGAUGCGUCAAAUCGAUAUUGCGUCUUACACUGGUGGCAAAAAUCUUCAACAAUUUUGCAGUAGUAUUAAACAAGGCCGAUUAGAUGGUGGCCAACUUGCGUUUAAAGCUUUGUCAAGACAGAGUCGCAAAAUUAUUCGGCUAGUUUCGUUAAACAAAGAUGCUCAAGGUCGAAUCGCUAUUACCGUCGAUAGUAUUGGUCAAGAUGAUCCGUGUCCUUAUGAAAAAUGUGUCCAUAUGUUUCACAACGCGGAAACCAACCAUUAUCUACCAUUAUACGUCAUUUGUCAUGAAACCCCACUAGAAGAAAAGACAAUUGUGGAUGCGAAUGACAAAACAAUCAUCACAGCUCUUCACGCUGCUUGCAUGCAACUGGGCGACGAUAGUGAAGCUCCAUCGCAAGGAGCAAAAUCCGACGAAAUCGAAGAGAUGGAAAGUAUGUUUUACAAGAUUUACAAUGCAUCCUCAUCGGACAUGCCGGUCCAGAACCCAUCGUCAAGCCUUGGAAACUUAUCGCAGGUUGGGCAAGCUACCACCGAAAAUACAUCCAGAACACUGUCAUCAGAUUGGAAUCAAAAUCAAUUGAAUUCGGGCGAACAAAAUGGGGUUUUAUCUAGUGAAUUAUGUAUGCCAGAGGGAUCUUCUUCCUUCAAUGGGUCAAUGCAAUGCAGUUUUGAUUCAGCAGACAAUGACGCUGCAAACACGGAUCAGAUGCCGUAUAUAAAACUAGCUGUUGAUCUUCCAGAUAGAUUUCGCGGUCGUACAAAAGGCGAAUAUGUACGAAAAAAGUCAACGAAUAAAAAUAAUCAACAGAUACAAGUAAGAUCGAUACGCUAUUUGUCGGACCGAGAAAACCAUCGUUGUCUCACUCUAUUGAUCCACGACAGACUUCUGAAGAUGUACUCAUUCCCAAUGCAUUUUGAAGUUACUUCUAUUACGAAAAACAUUGGUGGAUAUUCCUAUGUCAAUUCAUUUAUGAAGUUCAAAGAAAAUGCAGCCGAUGCUCAAUCACAGGCGUUCAAUCCAUUUUAUUUCAUCAUUCAGAAUCCAAAGGAAUUAACUCGUUAUUCGAAUACACAGUACUAUCAAUUCAGAUUGAAGCUUACGCUAGUUGUUCUCACAGCCCGGGAAUUGAUGCAAUGUAACCAACCAUUUGAAAUCUUUCCCGUUUCACAUAACGAUACUACGCAAGAGCCAAUAAAAGAUAAAUUCAAAAAGACUACAAAACUCAAACAAGCUUACGAUGUUCACAAUAUGCGUCUUGCGAUCACCUUAUGCACGACAGGUCCUGUUGCUGGCACUUUGUGUCGAAAUUCCGACGUCCAGUAUAUCAGUAACAUCUCAACCGAGGAUCGAAAACAUAAGAAGUUAAACACCAAGGUGUCGUUGAAAACAAGAUGUGCUCGUACUUCUUAG